UAAGCUAAGGAAAAUGUUUGGUCUUGCUUAGUGUCUCAUUCGCCUAGGCGUUGUGAGCGUAAAUAGCUUUUUAACUUAUUAUCGCAAAUUACAAUUCCAAAUUGAUGAAAGAAAUGAAGGACAAAUCAAUGAUAGUUUGAAAUAGUGUCAUUUUGGGAAGACAAAUGUAUUUUUUGUCUUUCAAUUUGUCUACUAGUUAUCAAAAUUGAGUGUACAUUCAAUUGCUUAAGCACACCUCACAACACUCCUUUUAUCAAAAUUGAGAGGACUUUUAGGAUUUUAAGGGUUUCAUUUUCAAAAACGCUAUAUGUUAGAACUUUGAUGGUUUGAGGACAACAAGUUGGGUGAGUCGUGAGUCAACUGACACGCCUCUAUCGUCACACUAGAAAGUUGCCAAGUGUAACCACCUACUAAUGCAUAGUAUAGCGGGUUUAAUUCUAAAUGUCAACCCGGGUCCUAAGUGUGAUGACUACUCCGUGAAAAUCUUAUUAUUUAACGGUUCAAGUGUAGUGAAGGUCUAACUAAACUAGCAAGCAAAAGUAGUGAAAGUUGUGUUCGAAGUUGAGAGAGGUCACCCAUAUAUGGUUCCCCCUAGACUGCAGUUAAGCCAGGUUGUAAUUCACCAAGUUCAAGUUCAAUGAUAGUUAUACCGCGGGAGGUUCUUAGACAGUCUGCAGUCUCGACUAAAGGUCUCCAGACCCUCUCAAUCUAAGUCCUCAACGGGCGACUAACCUCCACUGGAGUAAACAGAUUGAUGCCCUAACGAACCAAACCUCCUCUACCAGAGUAAAUCCGGUACAGAAUAGUGAAUUGACUCCUCGACUAAAGUCGUCAAUUCACUAUCUUCAAUCAAGGGUGCUCUAUCAACCUAGGCAUAUAUUCUCUUUCUAGGUCAAAGAAGAAAUAAUAGGAAUUUGAUCAGGAUUCAUGUCAUUCAGGAAACCAAACCUCCAUUGAAAAUAAUCAAUGAAUACAUACUUGGGUUCAUACAAUCAGACCUAACAUACAAAUCUAGAGUUCUUCAUACCUAGGUGAGUGAGAGAGUUUACUCCAUAGAGAGAGAAGGGAAAUCUAGCUCAGAUGCGGAAAACAUGCUGUGAAGGAUGAGAUUCUGCUUCUGGCAAUCAAUCAGCACUUCUCCAAGCUUAAGCCGAGCUCCAAUGGUGAUGAAGAUCGAUCUAGGGCGUUUGGAGAUUCUGGUUCGCCUCUCUCUCUCUCUCUCUCUCUCUCUCUCUAUGUAUCUCUUUCUUUCUCUAAAACUCGGAACCCUUCAAAAUUAGUCUUCUUUCCCUCCAAAGUCAGGAGGUCACAAUUCCCGGCCACAAUAUCCGGUCGUGUAUUUCAGGUGCCCGACCGGAGAUUUCGAAACGCUACGCAGCAACUAGGGGGUUAAUACCCGAUCGAGGUCCAGGAUACCCGAUCGAAUAUUUUAGCUCACCGGCCGGGACCUCUUCUGAAAUUUUGGCGUCCAAAACGUCUUUACCCGGUCGGCUCUGAUUGGACUUAUUCUUCUUAUGGAAUUUUAGCUCACCGGUGGACUUCUUCUUCUUCUUUUCCAUCUGCCAGCGUCCAACUUUGCAUAUCCUCCGUCGACUUUGAUUGGCUCUUGGUCUGCUUGUCGUUAUACUCCCCGGGAAUUUCCAGUUGAUCGGGAGAGUCGGACUCCGAAUCACCGUGGGCGUUGUCUACAACUUCAAUUGUAGCUGGUGAUUCUAGGGAUUCGUGAUUUUCAACUCUCGAAUCGGCGAUUGAAAUCAACAAACUCUUGCAACGCGAUGACCUUCUUGACCCGCUUCCUGAAAUCCCUGACGCCAGGGUCCAAGCCAGGGACGGAAUCCAGCUUGAAAAGUAAACUCAUGAGAGUCUCUUUAACCUUGAGCCGGUUGUUGGUAUCUCUGCUAAUCAGAUCCGUGCCGAGCCCGAUCUACGAAGUAGCAGAUCCGAAGGCCUCGAUGGAGCCGGAGAAGAGGAGUCGACGAAGUGGACUGGGACCGCCACCACCUUUCCCGCCGGCGGUGUGUGAGAAGGAGAAGGCACGGUGGGGUAGUAGUAUUAACGCAGUUCCAGCCGAGGAGGCCCCUUCAACGGCAACGCUGCUCCAUUCCGUUCGAGGGAUGGGCUUAGUACGAGGCAGGCGGCGAGCUCGGACGAGAUACAGCUUCGAAUUGAUCCGAUGAGCGCCAAUUUUGAUGAUGAGAUAACCGGCCUCCGUUCUCAAGUCAGGAUGCUCAGAAAUGUAAGAGCUUUUCCUGCACAUCUAUUGUAUCUAGGGGGAAAGAGGGAAUUGAUCGAGAUUCAUCUGUUACCCAAUAGAUUAUUGUUAGUAUUCGAUUGGGUGAAACAUUGGCCGAUAUUGUUGGCAAUGUGAUUUAUGGAAAGCAGAUUGACAAUAGCUGUCUAGCUCAAAUUUACUGUCUUGAAGUGUCUGCGGCACAUAGAUUUUUCAUGGGACACUUGUUUGGAUGGAUUCUGUUUGCCGGAGCGGUAUAACUGUC